AUGGUUGGCAGUGAGUUCAUUGACCUCUUCACUCGCUUCAGCAAUCAGCAUCGAGUCGCCAUCGAGGACCUUGGCGAUCGGAUCAACCAGUUCACUGUGCUCAUCUUUCUAUUGGCCGCAAUUGUGGUUUCUGUGAAGCAGUACAUGCUCAACGCGAUCUCCUGCUACGUUCCCAUAUCGCCGACAGGCAGUGACUUUCCCAAGUUUCUCUCCGACUACUGCUGGGUGCAUGGUACCAUUCCGUUGCGGUCUAACGAGCCGAUGCCAAGCAACCCACGUGUUUGGGAUGAGUUCGACAAGUACAGGCGGAUAAGUAAGUCAUAUCAACCUCUACAGGUGUUAUGGCAACAGGUUUUUGCUUUGUUCAUCAUGUGUUUCAAUCUUUACACUGGACAACGUAAGACUGGAAACUGUUGGUGGCGGAAUGGCAGAAAAAACCGACAUCCCCGUACCAAAAAGGUGGGCGAUAUCUUCUUUCGUGAUGAUCGCGGCGUCAGGUUUAUUUGUGCUAACCUUAAGGGUAAAAUGGUUGCAUGCUACAGGGUCUUUCUCCUCUCUUUCAACGGCGAUAGAUCACUGUCUCUUCGACCAACAUUAAUUAGAAGAUAA